GUAAUCCUCUGCUUAGCGAUUAUGGACGUCGAUUCCGAGCAAACGGAGCCCCGCCACAUCGAAGAACUCUGGUUUGAGGAUGGAAAUAUUGUCGUACAAGCGGGCUUCGCGCAGUACAAAGUCUUUCAUGGGAUGCUCGCCCGCCAUUCAGACGUUUUCCGCGAUAUGCUCUCGUUUCCUCAGCCUCACGAGUCUGAGCUCGUCGAGGGAUGUCCGUUAGUGCGCCUGCCGGAUAGUGAGGUGGAAGUUACACCGUUUUUAAAGGCGAUGUUUAUCCCAACGUUUCUCGAGCCCUACCCUGCUACGACCGACUUCAUGACUAUAUAUGGAUGCCUUCGCUUGAGCAAUAAAUACCAAGUUCAUUUCCUGCGUCGUCGCGCUCUCAUUCACUUCGCCUCUCGGUACCGGACGACACUAACCGAAUACGAUGCACUUAGAGUUUCUGGCAACGAAUUGGCUCCAGGAACAGCCUCUUGGAAGAUUCCUUAUAGCGACAAUGAAAGAGACGCAUCGUGGGUUGUCUGUUCAUUCUCGCUCGCACGCGAACUGGAUGUGCUAUGGGUCCUUCCAAGAAUCUUCUAUGUGCUUUCAUCCCCCCAGCUCCGAGUCUUUCCAAAUCUCUUCCACGGCGUGGAUUAUGAGGGAUUACACUGUUCUCUCAAUUUUGAUGACCAGUGCCGUUUGCUGGAGGGAAGAGAGGCUAAUUUUGAGCAGAUGCCAAAGGUUUUGGGUUUUCUGCAUUCAAAAGGCUGCGAUCUUGCGGAGAGCUCUGGACACGACUCGGAGCUCAGACGUACUCUGGUGCAAGAAGUCAUGUUGAACGCGUCUAAUUACCCCCGGAACCUCUUGAACGUUUGGGCUCAUGAAGACUGGUGCAUGUUUACUGACCCCUCAGAACCGUGGUGUCAAGAAUGUGUGACCAAAUUCGAAUCGCAGCACGUUUUAGCACGCGAAGCUUUUUGGAACCAACUGCCAGAGAUGUUUGGACUGCCAAAGUGGAAGGAACUCGAGGCAAUGCGAAUCGCUGCCAUUGGGAAUGUAUUCGAAGUGUGA